CACGUGACAUGGGGAGAGGUGGGCGGGGCGGGCGCUGGCGACGUCGGCUGCGGCGCGCGGUGGCCGAGUCGGCGGCGCUGGGCGCUGGGCGCAUCCCGCGGCCCCCUCGCCGCCCGCCCGCUGUGUGCCCUCCGCCGUCCCCGCGCCCCGUCCCACCGAGCCCGGGCCUGCCGCGCUCUUGUCGGCUCGCCAAGUGUGCGCAGGCGCGGCGGAGGAGAGCCCCGCUGGGUGGGCGGCGGAGCCCGGGCGCGCGGGCGAGACCAUGGCGGGCAGCAGCACGGGGGGCGGUGGUGUCGGGGAGACGAAGGUGAUUUACCACUUGGACGAGGAGGAGACUCCCUACCUGGUGAAGAUCCCAGUCCCCGCCGAGCGCAUCACCCUAGGAGAUUUCAAGAGCGUGCUGCAGCGGCCCGCGGGCGCCAAGUACUUUUUCAAAUCUAUGGAUCAGGAUUUCGGGGUGGUGAAGGAAGAAAUUUCAGAUGACAAUGCCCGCCUGCCCUGCUUCAAUGGAAGGGUAGUGUCCUGGCUGGUGUCAUCAGAGACUCCCCAACAUGAGGUGGCCCCUCCAGCCCAUGAGCCUCGGACAGAGCUGGCACCUCCACCCCCACCAUUACCUCCCCUGCCACCAGAGAGGACCAGUGGUAUCGGGGACUCCAGGCCUCCAUCCUUCCACCCCAAUGUAUCGAGCAGCCAUGAAAACCUGGAGCCCGAGACAGAAACGGAGUCAGUGGUGUCACUGAGGCGGGAGCGGCCUCGCAGGAGAGACAGCAGUGAGCAUGGCGUGGGGGGCCACAGGCCCAGCGGCCCCUCGAGGCUGGACCGCCACCUGGCUGGGUACGAGAGCUCCUCUACCCUCAUGACCAGCGAGCUGGAGAGUACCAGCCUGGGGGACUCGGACGAGGAUGACACCAUGAGCAGAUUCAGCAGCUCCACUGAGCAGAGCAGCGCCUCCCGCCUCCUCAAGCGCCACCGGCGGCGGAGGAAACAGCGGCCACCGCGCAUGGAAAGGACCUCAUCCUUCAGCAGCGUCACAGACUCCACCAUGUCACUCAACAUCAUCACUGUCACGCUCAACAUGGAGAAGUACAACUUCCUGGGAAUCUCCAUCGUGGGCCAAAGCAAUGAGCGGGGCGAUGGUGGCAUCUACAUUGGCUCCAUCAUGAAGGGUGGGGCGGUGGCGGCUGAUGGACGCAUCGAGCCGGGGGACAUGCUCCUGCAGGUGAAUGACAUGAACUUCGAGAACAUGAGCAACGAUGAUGCCGUGCGGGUCCUGAGGGACAUCGUGCACAAGCCUGGCCCCAUCAUGCUGACCGUGGCCAAGUGUUGGGACCCCUCCCCGCAGGCUUAUUUCACCCUCCCCCGAAAUGAGCCCAUCCAGCCAAUCGACCCUGCUGCCUGGGUGUCACACUCUGCUGCGCUGACUGGCACCUUUCCAGCCUACCCGGGCUCCUCCUCCAUGAGCACCAUCACGUCCGGCCCCUCCCUGCCUGACGGCUGUGAGGGCCGGGGUCUCUCGAUCCACACGGACAUGGCAUCUGUGACAAAGGCCAUGGCAGCUCCUGAGUCUGGGUUAGAAGUCCGUGACCGCAUGUGGCUCAAGAUUACCAUCCCCAACGCCUUUCUGGGCUCGGACGUGGUCGACUGGCUCUACCAUCACGUGGAGGGCUUUCCCGAGCGGCGUGAGGCCCGCAAGUAUGCCAGCGGGCUCCUCAAGGCCGGUCUGAUCCGGCACACCGUGAACAAGAUCACCUUCUCUGAGCAGUGCUAUUACGUCUUCGGAGACCUCAGUGGUGGCUGUGAGAGUUACCUGGUCAACCUGUCUCUGAAUGACAAUGACGGCUCAAGUGGGGCAUCAGACCAGGACACCCUGGCUCCUCUGCCUGGGGCCACCCCUUGGCCCCUGCUUCCCACCUUCUCCUACCAGUAUCCAGCACCACACCCCUACAGCCCCCAGCCCCCACCCUACCAUGAGCUUUCAUCCUACACGUAUGGCGGGGGCAGUGCCAGUAGCCAGCACAGUGAGGGGAGCCGGAGCAGUGGGUCUACACGAAGCGAUGGGGGUGCUGGGCGCACAGGGAGGCCCGAGGAGCGGGUCCCUGAGUCCAAGUCUGGCAGUGGCAGUGAGUCUGAGCCCUCCAGCCGGGGGGGCAGCCUUCGGCGGGGUGGGGAACCUGGUGGGACUGGUGAUGGGGGUCCCCCUCCUUCCAGGGGCUCCACAGGGGGUGCUUCCAAUCUCCGAGCCCACGCUGGACUCCAUCCCUAUGGACCACCUCCUGGCAUGGCCCUCCCAUAUAAUCCCAUGAUGGUGGUCAUGAUGCCCCCACCCCCAGUCCCUCCCACAGUGCAGCCCCCCGGAGCUCCUCCCGUCCGAGACCUGGGUUCUGUGCCCCCAGAACUGACAGCCAGCCGCCAGAGCUUCCACAUGGCCAUGGGCAACCCCAGUGAGUUCUUUGUGGACGUCAUGUAGCGCCCCCCGACCCGGGACCAUAGCUGGACUCCUCUCGGUGCUCCCGCUCUUGCCUGGCGCCCUGAUGGCCAUGCACUCCUUACUCCUGUUGGUGCCUGGGCCUGCCUGGUGGCUGUAGCUCACCCACAACCUAUUCCACUGUGACUUUCACCAGCAGUGCCUGGUUCCUCCCCCUACCCUCAGGGGGUAGAUAAGGAACCUUUGGUUACUUUUAGUUUUAUUAUUAUUUUUUUAACAAAUCUUUUUGGGGGUUAAAAUAUACUUUGUUACAUUUUAGAGACUAUUUUUUUUAAUAGACAUGUUCUUUUUUUAUAUGAAGAAUUUCUACUUCCUGGGCUCUUUCCUCCCACCAGAAUGUGGCUAUCUCCGGUCCCCCAGUUGGCUCUGCCUUCUGCAGGAUGGGGAGUGGUCCAUGGUACCCUGGUGGGGGGCUUGGGUCCCCCCAGACAGCAGACCCAGGAAUCCAACUUGGUUUCUAGGGGGGCCCCAUGUAGCUGCCUUUGUUACUCUAUUUAUUUUAGUCACUUGCGUAAAACACUAAAUAAAGCAAUAGAGGCAAACUC